GCCCUCGCUACCAUAGUUUAUGGACAGCGGGGUAAAGAGGAAAGUGGUAGGGGAGUUUACAGCGGAAGAGCAUCAAAACAGAAUUUAACCUUGAGAUUCAUUGAUGAUAGUAAAGUAAAAGCCAGAGAUAUAGAAGGAUAACAUUUCAAUGGAAUUUUACCGCUACCAAAAAGGAGAUAAGACCGCUAUUACUAUUUUUCAAAAUUAAUAGGAAAGUAUAAAUAAAACAAAUUAAUUUAUUUAUUUUAAUCACCGAAUCUUGGAUAACAGUUAUGGGGAUUUUAGUUGUUUGUAUUUAAGAAGGUUUUAUAUUGCUUUAAUGGAAAGUUUUGAACAGUUGGCUACAUUGCUGUGAUCAGGCGUUUCAAGGGUUUUUUCGGGAUAUUUUUUUAGGUUUUUAGGGAUUUUUGAUGCGAGCAUUUUGGAUUUUUACUGAGAAAAAUUUGUGAGAGUUGGGAACACUGCAUCACAGUCAUAUCAACCACAGGAUAUCAACAGUCGGUGUCAAGUGUGAUGUCAAGUGUCCCGUGUGUCACCAAUGGGUGUCACAAUAUGGUGUCACAGUGUCAUAAAAAACAGGGAUAAAAUCUUUGAUUAAAACCCUUAACCUUUCUUUUAACCAAAGCUGACCAAAGAUUGGUAAACAUAGCUGGCAAAGACGCUUAUUUAUAUUUUGAGAGAAAAGUUCAUAAGAUUCUUUAAAAUAACAAAUAUAUAUAUAUAUAUAUAUAUUUAUUAAAUAUUUGUUAAAUCGUCUAGCGAACUAUUGUUCUAAUCCCAGUAUUUUAAUCUGCAGUAAAAACGUAUGUAUGUGCUGAAUAUGUAGAUGAGAAAAUUUUUUGGGUUUUGAAUUUAAAAAACAAAUUUUACUAUGGCCCAAGAUGAAUUUGAAAAUAUUUUACUGUCUUUGGGACAAAACAUUAGCAAUACUGGGAAGAAAGUUGUUAAUGAUAUUAGCCAAUGUGUAAAUAACUAUAAAUCAACUCCAGAUAUCAUCGUCUAUUCUAAGAAAUUGGCAGAAAUUCUGAGUGAAUACACUAAGUGUUUUGAGAAAUUCUCUUUGGAACUAGAAGAAACUGUUAAGGAGUUUAAACAGGAAGAUGUUUUGGUUGCUGUAAUAAAUAUACUUAAAAAUAGUAAAGCCAAUGAUCAUGGUGGAACUGGAAAAUUGCUACUUGAAAAUGGCAAUGCUUUAGAUGGUAAUAAUAUUGAAGCUAUUGACUCUGACCAAGAAACUGUUGUCCAUUGUGAAGACUCUGAUUUUGAUAAAGAAACUACUGCUAAUUUAUCACCAAAUUCUAGUAUAGAGAGUAACACAACUGUUCUUAAUUCAACUCCUACUAAUGAACUUGAAAAAUCAAUACCGUUUGAAAUUACAAAUAAAUCUCAUGAUGAAUCUAGUAAAAGUGUAGAUGAUAAUCCUCAGCAUAAUGCGUCAUCUCUGUUCAAGCUCAUAGAAAAUUAUUACUCUAAAAGAGACAGUAGUGUAUUGGAGAGCCAAGAAUCUGAAGAUUUCUUUAAAGUUUCAGAUGGCGAAUUGGAAGUUGGCAAAAAUAAUGAACUUCAUAUAACUGAGAAUGAGAAUGUUGAUAUAACAAAUAAAAAUGUACACAAUGAUAAGCGAAUUAAGUCUCAUGAUGAAUCGGCUAAUCUUAAAGAACUUGAAUCUAAGGACCAUGAACAUAGUUAUAGUGCAGUUGAAUCUUCAUAUAACAAAAAAAGAACACAGAAACUUUCCAGAUCAUCAAAUGAAGAAGAUAAGUCUACCCAAGAGUUUGACUUUGAGGAGAUUGUCAGUCCACAGACUGAGGAAUUCAAUGGAGAACAAACUUGUUUAAAUAAUAAAGCCCAGCUAGAAAUAGAUAAAAAUAUCUCUGAGAGUGAAGGUAGCGAUAUUAUGCUUUCUGUUCAACAUAAAAGAGUACCUGAACUACUUAGCUCCACUGAAGAGAAUACUUCUUCAGAUAACCCAACAUCGCCUUCAAGUGUCAUUGAAAACCAAUCCAAUAAUGUAGAUCAGUCAAAAGUUCAAGUUACAGAUACUGACGUGAAUAUAAACAAGGCCACAAUUGUAGAAUCUUUAACAGAUCACCAUCAAAAUCAAUCUGAAAGUGAAGAUAUGCCCACAUUUAAAAAGAAGAAUAUUUGUACCAUUAGUUCCUUGCAUGGAGAAUCUGAUGAUCAUUCUACACCAUUAAGUGAGACAGAUUCUCUAGAAAUACUUUUAUCUAAUACUGAGGAAUUAGAAACUAUGACUGCCAGUAAUAUUAAUGAUAUUAAAUCUACAUCUAAGGAGAAUAAAACAUCUAUAGUUGAUGAUGAUGAUGAUGAUAAAUCAACACUAUGUAGUGAAAAGGAUUCGGUAGAUUUUGAUGUCUCAACAGAUGAAAUAGAAUCAGCCAGUGAAAAAGACAGCAAAGAAAGUGAAGAGCAGUUAUCUGAAGUAUUAAUAAGAGAAGAUGAACUCAUUAACAAGUCUACAUCAAGUGAGGAAGAAAGUACUGAAGAUACAAGUGAACCAAAAGCACAUUCAGUGGGAGAUGAGGAGACACAUUCAAGUAAAGUUGAUGAAUUUUUAGAUGAAAAUGGUAGAGAUGAAUUAUUGGGAAUGUUAACAAAUGAUAACAAGAAUCAAGAAGCCAAGAUUGAAGAUAAAGAGAAAUCUGGUGAAUUAAAAUUAGAUGAAAAAGGGCGAGAUGAAUUGUUGGAAAUGUUAACAAAUGAUAACAAGAAAGAAGAACCAAAAAUUGAAGAUAAAGAGAAAUCUCCUGAAUUAAAAUUAGAUGAAAAAGGAAGAGAUGAAUUGUUGGGAAUGUUAACAAAUGAUGAGGAGAAAGAAUAUGUAAGUGACGAGUUUUGUUUGAAUAGCGAAGGUAGAGAUGAAUUAUUGAACAUGUUGACUAUUGAUGAAACAAAAAAAGGAGACCUAAAUGACCAGAAAGAAGAAAAACAUGGAUUCAAUCUCAAUGAACAAAGCAGAACGGAAUUAUUAGACAUGUUGAGUAGCAAUUAUGAAAAAUCAGAACAGUCUCAGGUUUACAAGAUGGUGGAAUCAUCAAGUAAAGAGGAAGAAAUUGAAGAGAAUUCAAACUUGCAUAUAAAAGAUGAUAUGUUAUCUUCUGUUGAUGAAAAAGAUAGGCCCAGUGAAGAUUUGGCAGAAAUACUAUCAAAUGUUGAUGAUGAUCAAGAAAGUGACAGUGAAACGGAGCUAUACGAACUGCUCAGGGAAGAAGAAGUAAUUGACAAUGAGUCCAAAUCAAAACGAGUUGGUUCAAAAAAAGCGCGCGAAGCCUAUCAGAGCCUGCUAGAUGAUAGUGACAUUACCUUGGACUCUGAGGAUGAGAGCUUUGAUGAUUUCAACUCGCAAUGGAUUUCUGGCCAUAAAAAUGAAAAAGAUCAAGCUCUUAGGAAGAAGUUUGGUAUUAAUAAAGAGCUAGAAGUGCAUAUUGAAGAGAUUGACUUUGAAGAGUUUGAUAGGGACUUGCUAUGGGAUGUCAGAAGAUUAUCGGAGAGGCAUUCUUCAGGAAAGUUAGAUACGGUGGAGAGCUUGUGCGAUUUGAGUACUGUUCUACGAACAAAACGAAAAAUAAUUGAAGGGAAUAACCGUUUCAUGUUAAAAAGGAUGAGAACAGAAUCUAGUUCUUCCUCAUCAAUAUCCUCCAAUGAACGAAACUCUGAUUCGUCCAGUGACCGCACCGAAUCAUUGUUAAGCCAGGGUUCUUCCUCAUCAUCAGACACUGAUGUAGAAGAUGGCCUGUCAAGAAAGAGCCUUACUCUGUCGCCACAAAGGGACUCCAAAGACGACCAGGCGGCGUUAGCCACUUCACUUUGGGAUGACAUCAAUAAUAGUUCAGAUGAAGCGCUAAGUGAUAAUAAACUGGGGACUGGAGAUGAACUCAGCGACAGCGACAUUGAAGCCAAGCCUAAGAGGUUGCCUAAGAGGAGUACUAGGUCACAGAGAUCUAUCAAGGACCGCAGUAGUAGUGACGGAGAGGAUGAAGACAAAGAAAAAUCUAAACAGCAGAGUAUAUGGAGACGAGAUCCUCUAUUGAGGGGUCAAGUGACUACAGAUAGUGAUAGUGAUGGGAGUGUUGGGAGUGUGAAAAGGCAGCGGAAAAAAAUCAGACUAAAAUUAUCUGAAAGCAGUGGCUCUGAUGCCGAUUUUAAGCCUACAGAACAUGUUUCUUCUCAUAGUGAUAGUGACCAGGAAAAAAAUGAAGAUAAUGAUUCUAACGAUGCUAAAAACGAAGAGCAAGAAACGUCAUCCUCGUCAUCAUCAAACGAAGAUGAAGAAAUUAUUGAGAUUAAAGACAGUCCCGAAAAAGCUGGUAAAGGAAGAAGGAAUAUUAGGGCUCUUGUAGACGAUAGAGAUUUGUCUCAGUCCACUCAAUUAGCUCAAGAGGAAGAAGAGGCUAGAAUAAAACGUUUACAAGAAAAACAGAAGGUGAGGUCAAGUAUGUCGCAAUCGCAAACGUUCAGCAAUGACCUGAUGGAUACUGAUGACAUAGAACACUUAGUUUUGGACGAGGACAUAGAGGAAGAGUCUCAAAUCAAGGUCCAUCACAGUAUCACCAAACAACUGAAACCACAUCAAAGAGACGGUAUCCAAUUCAUGUGGGACUCGUGCUACGAAAGCAUAAAACAACUGAAAAAAGGCUGGCAAGGAUCCGGCUGUAUCCUAGCGCACUGCAUGGGACUAGGAAAAACCCGUCAAGCCCUAGGGCUCAUUCAUACAGUUCUAGCUAACAAAGUGACCAAAUCAAAGCACGUCCUAAUUGUGUGUCCCCUCUCCACCGUGAAUAAUUGGAAACAGGAGUUCAAACUGACCUUAGGUACCAUUAAAAGCAAACCAGUUAAUUUCUUCUCUAUACAGGGUCAAAAGGUACCAAGCGAAAGAUUUGCAGUAGUAGGGAAAUGGAGAAUGCAGGGAGGUAUUCUAGCCCUUGGCUACGAAGCUUUCAUGAACUUAACUUCUGACGUAAAGUUGGAAAACCUAGAGAGUAAGGGGUUUUCUGGAAGAAAGAGUGUUUUGGAGGCGUUAGUUGACCCAGGGCCGGAUUUGGUUAUUUGUGAUGAGGGACAUUUGUUGCGAAACAAGCAGUCUCAGAGGACUCAUGCUUUGAAUAAAAUAAAGACUAAAAGAAGGAUUGUGCUUACUGGAACUCCUUUGCAGAAUAAUUUAUUGGAAUAUUAUUGUAUGGUACACUUCGUCAAACCCAACUUGCUGGGUACAGAACAAGAAUACAAAACAAAUUUUGUGAACCCUAUCACCAACGGUCAGUUUGAAGACUCUACAUCUUCCGACAUUCUCCUAAUGAAGAAGCGGACGCACGUGUUGCAUAAGCUCCUGGAUAGUACAGUACAAAGGUUAGAAGACACAGAAUUGAAGCAGUACCUGCCCAAGCUGGUGGAUCAGGCACUAAUUGUAGGCCUGAGCGUUUCUCAAGUAGGUCUUUACAACACCUACUUGGACACAGCAAUUGCCAUGCAACAAGUGAGGACCUCUAGUGGGAAGCUUAACAGAAAGAAUUUUUUGGCGGAUGUAGCAAUCUUGGAUUACGUUUGUUCCCAUCCUUAUGCGUUAUGUGUGGCCGCUAAAAUCCGAGAAAAAAAGGUUAAAGAAGAAGACGUGGUUGUAGAAAACGGUCCAGAUGACGUGGUCACGAAAUACGACUGGUGGAAGGAUAAAAUGCCUGAUGAUCUGACCGAAUCUCCAGGAUUGGGCACAAAAAUGCUCAUUAUUUUGGAUAUUCUCGAGCAAACUAAGAUUGAAGGUGACAAAGUGUUGAUAUUUUCACAAACUCAUGCCGAAAUGAGCGUUUUGGAGCAUUUCCUAGGUCUCAAACUAGGUUUCAAAAAGAACCUAGAUUAUAUGCGCAUGGAUGGUAGCAGUCAACCAGAAAAAAGAACGGAUAUGUGCGCUAAAUUCAAUGAUUUAAAUAAUAAAAGACUAAGACUUUUGAUCAUGUCAACUAAAGUAGGCGGUUUAGGUUUAAAUUUGACAGCUGCCAACAGGGUGAUCAUCACUUCAGUGAACUGGAAUCCUUCCUACGAUGUUCAGAGCGUAUUUAGAGUAUUUAGAUUUGGCCAAACCAAAGAAGUGUUUGUUUACAGACUGAUAGCUAUGGAUACAAUGGAGGAGAGAAGGUAUAAGAGGCAGGUGAACAAAUUGGCUAUUGCACACAGGGUGGUCGAUAAACACCAGGUCAAAAGACUGUAUAAUAUGCACGAUAUUCAAGAGUUUUACUCCGUAAGACCUGAGGUUCUUAAUGAUAGACCAUUGCCUAAUGUACCAGAAGAUAAGAUUCUAGGAAAGUUAAUUCAGAAGUUUCCAUUUUUGUACAAAUGGCACGAGCACAGACAACUUUUAGCCAAUCAGCCUGAGGAACAUUUGAACGAACAACAGAAAAACGCUGCCUGGGAGGAAUUCAAUCGUAAGGAUGAACCUCCACCGCCACCACCAGUGGUACCAUUUAAAUAUCCCAGAGCUUUUCCUCAAGUACCGGGACAUAUAGUGGAUGGAAUUCCUCAACCUGGACAUUCUGGCGCUUUGCACAUAAAUCAGUUUACUCAAAGUCCUCCAACACCGGCCAAGGCUCACUUCGAUCAUAACUAUUCCUUGCCACUGACGGGUGUAGCUAAUGUGCGGGCUGUCCAGAUCCGAAUUCCCUCCGAAGACGAUUUCUAUCCAAUAAUACCUCAUCUCAAGCUCCGGUCCCCAGGGUCCAAUCGCAUGUUUCACAUUGUCAAAUUACGUAAUAUAAAAACUUAUUCACGGGUUAAACAACAAUUACCAGUAAAAACUUUCGAUCCUAAACUGAACGCAAACCAUAUUUUAUCAUCGUCAAGCGCACCAUCAACCAGCAAAGUUGCUGAUGUUUCAAAUACUAAGACUACUCCUCAACGACAAGGACAAGGAGUUUUCCGAACUAAUCCUUCAAGUGUGAAUACCUUCAGUAUAAAUACUACUGAUAAACCCAAACCUGUGGGUAAUAAAACACUCAAAGAAAAUACGACUAGGCAGUCGUUGUUGCAAGCAAGAAUGCGAGACUACAUGAAACACCUGCAUCUGUUACAACAACAAUCUUCUAAUAAAAAUAAAGAGAGCAGUGCCUUAAGACCAAACCCACAUGCUAUCAUCAACAAAAUAGGGCUACCGAAUCAAGUCAAACCUCAAGUAAUCCUGAAAGAAGCACAAAAAACAUUGUCGCAAGAAGCUUUGAAAAAGGAAAUGGUAACAGGGAAACAAAAAAUGAAACCGACAAAUUUUAGGAAUAUUACUAUUCUACCUGUAAAUUCUCGGAUUAUUGUGCAGGGUGCUCCAUCUUCUUCCAAGGUAUCUAACAAGGAAAAUCGUUCCUCCAUGUCGGUGAAUGAGGCUCUUAAAAGUGUAUCUCAGGCAGCGACUACAAAUUUAAUGAGAAAUUUAGUCCAGAAAGGUGUUAGUGUUCGGGCAAUUAACAAUACAGAUGUUGUUCAUUUGAACUGAUUUUUUUAGUGAUGAAAUAAAUUAAUUUUAAGUUAUAUUUUAGUUAUUAUUAUUUAAAUGAGUAGUGCAUAAAUUGAUAUUGCACUGCUGUAAUAUUGUAGACAUUAUAGUAAAAAGAAAUUAUACCUAUUAUUACUUCUAAAAAAGGAUUUGUUGUAACAAUUUUGUAAUAAAUUAUUUGAAAUU